AAAUGAGCAUAGUGGCUACCGGGCACCGCGCUAUAUUGCCUUAGCGGCCUUGCCAUAUCUGGUAGGUGCGUUGACCACGUGGCUGGGAUCAUUUGCGCUCCCGACUUGAACUUGUUGCCCGCUUGUUUGUCAUUGACGUCCGUGGCCUUAAGGCCCUGAGACCCUUUGACCCUUUGACAAAAUUUCUUUUUUAUAACCAUGUCUCAUGAUGCCUUCGUUGAGGGCAGCUCACAGCUGCGACUGGGCGACUUCCCCGACAUGACAAGCACGCCGAUUCAACCCCUCCCCUAUGCCAACCUCGUUGCAGACGUGGAAGCGGCACGCGACGCGCUCGCAGGACUAGACGAAGAGCUACAUCCACCCUCGCGGCCUUCGUCACCCAGCUCCGAUGCACGCACGGACUCACUCAAGGCCAAGAUCGCGGAGGCCAUGAAGUACGCAGGAUACAACCCACGGAGCGCGAAGUGGAAGCGGGUGUCGGACCUGAUGAAGACAGCGGCCACAAGCAGACGGUAUGUCGGUGCUGCGCCUGGCGUUAGGGUAGGCGAAAAUGAGCAGGUCGAUCUCGGGAACUACAAGUUCGUCUUACCGGAGACUGAGGAGGAGUGGGAACAGUGUGAGGAGCGAUGGGCGAAGCGGUUUGAGAAGCCUGCACCACAGGGCAAGACGUCCAAGUUUUUCCCUGCAGGUACCGAGGAACAGAGGUCGCCGUCGAGGGUCGAGUUCGUGCGAGACAAAGUCAAGGCCUGGCAGGCCACGGUUGUCCCAGCGCCGCCCUCCAGUUCACAAGACGGCAGCGAAGUAGGCAGUGUGAGGUCGUCAAAGGGGAAGGGCAAGGAGACAGAGAAGAUACGCCAAUCUCCCCUUCAGUUCCCCGUAGUCAAACGCCAUACGGCUGCUAUACCUGGCGGUAAAGACAGUCUCGCUACUGGCAAGAAGGACGUAACGCCCGCGGAGCCGCCGCCGCCUGCUGAGAAAGAUGCUCCGGGCAGGUCGCCAACCCCGCUGAAGGGUAUAGCAGACUUGUCUGAAAUGGAGUUUAUUCCACCAUCAUUUCCACAGCAGCUCGACACAUCUACCCCUCCGCCAAAUGCCACCAAAAGGUCGAAACCAUCGCCCAUACCGUACCACUUCCCGUCUUCACCCUCUUCUUCCCCACAGCUACCUAAUUUGCUCGAUCACAUCGUUUUCCCGCUUGCAUCAUCCUCGGACCUACCGCAGCCGUCGUCCGAUGUAGAAAAGCGCUCUCGGCCAAUCACACCGCCGUCCGGAGCCUCUCAGCGCUCCGCCUUCGUGAAGCGUGCGAAGAACACCCCUCCGGCCGACCCUGCCCCGCUCGCGCCGCCGCCACCAUCGACACCUCCUCAACCCGCAUCACCCCCACACACGCCACCGCGUCUCCUCUCCUCCGGCAGGGGCCUCGGAAACGCGAAAGGCCCGCCCGUACCGUACACCCCAGAGCGCGGCUCGCUGCCCACGCUUACCGAGCUCCUCGCGUCCUCGCGCCGCUCGCGCCCGCGCCCACGCCCGCCGUCACGCAAGCUCCAGAGCCUCACCACGACGCCGGCGCCCGAGCGCCCGCCCACAGACGACCUCGCGCUGCUGCCUGCGCUCGCCGAGGAGGCCGUCCACGCGUGCUCGCGCUCGCGCGAGCCGUCGCCUGCCCCGAGCCGCGCGCGCACGCUGCUCUCCUCGCCCGCGUCGGGCUCCUCGGGCUCGCCGCACAGCAGCGGCGCCGUGCCCUCGCGCCCGCGCACCCCCGAGUCGCCGCUGUUCGCACCGGCACAACAACAACAACAACAACAACAACAACAUCAACAUCAACAACAGCAGCAGCAGUUGCCGGCGGCGAGCUUCGCGCCGCUGUACGCGAGCACGCAGGCCGGCGCGCUCGCGCUCGCGCCCCUGGGACACGCGAGCCAGUCGCAGGCCGGCGGGAUGGUGGGGUACAGCUCUCAGUUUGACGUCGAGGGCCAGGUCGGCUUGGUCAGCGACCUGCUCGAGCGCGACGUCGAUUUUGAUGGCUGGUUGCGCGACGUGCCCGAGCUGGACGCGGAGACGUAGGUCCAGAUGCUGGUCUGGCUAUUUUUUUGUUCUCGGACUGUAUGCGCGUUUGGUUUGUCAGUCUUGCUUUGAGAUCUGAGCCGUGUCGACUGUUAUUGUUAUUGUAUAUUUCGUUGACGACAGAGUGUGUGAUGUGCUCGUCGUAUAGAGCAUCGCGAACGAGACCAAACUGUUUAGCGCAGCACCUGUCUUCUGCGAAGCGUUAUGCUCAGGAAGAUGAUGAUCACUGCGGUCUUUGUAUGCCAAGAUCCGUCACUUGUGCUACUUUGGAACACAAAUUACCAUAAAGUCAUGUGC